AUGAAACCAUUUCUUAUUUGGAGAUUAGCUAUUCAAAUUGACGAUAUUAAAGUUAUGUGGCUAGUGUGUGUCUUGUGUUUGUGUGUUACGGUGAGUGGUUUAAAUCUAAGUGAAACAAAAAAAUCUGCCAAAGAAAGAGAGAAUCUAUUACUCAUAUUGACAAGGUCCAGAGUUGAAGAAAAAAUUCUACCUGAAGAACGGAAACCUUUUAUGGAUUCAACACUAGGUGUACAUUCAGAGUUCCUAAGUUACUUGUUACCUGAAGAAUACUUCUAUGACAAGCUUCAAUUACCAACCCCACCACCACCUCCCGAAAAUAAAUUUUCGAAUCAUACGAAAUUAGUGUAA